AUGUCCUUCCCUCCUCCCGUAUACCGCAGCAACAUCUAUGGAGGCGCGUUCUCCGUAGCUUCCUCCGAGUCAGUGACUUCUCUGCCUGCCUACUCUGCACAGCAACACCGCCCACGCACUGCAAGUGCGGCCAGGGAGCCUACCGAGCAUCUCUUUGAACUCAAAGACAAGAAACAGAGAGCAUGGGCAACGCUGAAACUCAACAGCAGCGCUCGUUCUUCCUCCAGUCUCCCUACGUUCCUUGAAGGGGAAAAUUUACAGGGCUCAGUCUCGCUCGAUCUCUCACACAGGGAGAACAUCUUGGGCGUCACGAUUCAGAUUCGAGGCUCCAUCGUGACGGGCCCCAGCGAGCAUGACCGACUUGCUUUUCUGGACAUUUCUACGCCAUUGUGGCUCAAGGGCAUGCCCAACCCACGCGACACGGAGUCGGACUCCGGCGGCAGGCUUUCUGGCGACUAUCACUGGCCAUUUUCAAUACCCUUGCCAAGGGAUGUGAUCCUUCCUGAUGCGAAAGGAAAACACGGCGGAAUGAAGACAUAUCAACUGCCACAGACAUUCUUGGAACGGACAACGCGGGCCAGUGUGUUCUAUGAGCUUUUUGUGCACAUUGCGAGGAGUACGUUUCGCGUGGACAACAAGCUGCAAACUAUGUUUGUCUAUGUCCCUGCCAUCCGGCCGGAACCACCUUCACAGCUAAGGCAGAUGGCAUAUCGACAAAAUGGACCUCUUCCUGGGCCCGACCUAGACCCGGAGGGCUGGUAUACCCUUCCCCCGACCUGCAUCUCCGGCAAAGUGUUUGGCAAUCGCCGGGUUGUCAUCCAAUCGGUGCUGUCGCUUGCUAAACCGUUAUCUUACACCCGCGGGAGCGUGAUCCCUCUUUCGAUUAUAUUCGCCUGCGAAGAUUCACAAGCACUUAAUUUGGUCUGCACAUCGCGGACGAUAAACUUAAUACUGCAAAGGUAUACCGCCUUUUCGCAUGGUCCUGCUGGCGCCGAGUUUGCCCGGGAGGACAUUGUUCACCUGCCCGAUGGUCCCCGCGCACUGGACAUUAAUCAUGCUGUCUGGUGGUCUGUACCUGUCGCCGAUUCAACCCAGACAUGUCGCUUUGACGGCGAACUCCAUCUCCCCAAAAGCCUCAAACCGUCGUCUAGCGUCUCGCAUUUCAGCAUCAGCUAUCGCGUGGUGCUUCGUCCUUUCCAAGUUACCGGCUUCGUGCCCGACAACCCCAAGGCGCCGCCCUCGCUGCAACAGGAAGUCCAGAUAGCCACCAUCUACGCCAAGGGCCCGAAACCGCGCUGCUUUACGCCGCCCACGUAUGAAUACGAGAUUGGUGACAACCUCGCUAUUCCACCGGCACGCAGCUAUAUCUAG